CACCGUCAAGAUAGCUGACUUUGGCAUGACAAGAGCCACUUACGACUCUAACUACUACCGCCUCAGUAGAGAAGGCAAGAUGCCGGUAAGAUGGAUGGCACCGGAGAGCGUGAAUGAGGGUGUCUUCACCACCAAGAGUGACAUUUGGAGCCUGGGGAUCGUCAUCUAUGAGGUGGUCACCUUUGGCGGGUUUCCGUACAAGGAGUUGAGCAACACGGAUGUUCUGGACUUCAUCCGAAAUAACAAUGCCAUGAGGCCACCGGCAGACUGCAGCCCUCCCCUGGCAGCACUGAUGCAGCGCUGUUGGUCGAUUGAACCUGAGGAACGUCCGACAGCCAAUGAUGUUGUUGAAAUCCUGAGCGUUCAACAGGAUCUGAUCCGACCGUCUAUGAGCAAGCCAGUCAUGAGCAUGCUGGAGGAAGAUCCCGCCCAGCUGCUAGCCACGCCUAUGUCCACUAGAGGGGCUCGGGGCGACAGCCUCAAUAGCGACAGUACCGGAGUGGACUUUGGCUCAUCCAGCCUCUUCCGGACGGAAAAAGUGGCCAGUCUAGGUCGGCGACUGCGUGCCUCCUUUGCACGGAAUCUGUCCUGGAACGGGCGACGUCGUUCACACUCCUACACUCUACACACCAUGGAGAUGUCUGGCACAGAACAGCAUCCGAAGCUGUGCCGUGAACUGGAAAGAUCCACCCAGGAACUGGUGCCCUCCACCCUGUCGGUGAUCACCUGCACGACGCAGAGUUCCCUGACCUCGCUAAACCAGUCCCACAGGACAAGCUUCAGAAGCACCUCGGCCCAGAGAGACUCCAGCUCGUCCAGCGGCGUGGACUGUAACAUCACCGACGGUGCCUCUGCUGAAAUACCAGUUGAGAGGCAGUUUUCUCUGCGGAGGUCGGCAACCGAUUCAGACAUUUUGGAUCCAACAGAGAGCAAAACUUCAACAAGGGUUCCUUAUGGACAGACUGAGGGGCAGAACCCAGUAAAGCCGUGUAGUAUUGACAUCCAAAUUGGGGAUGAGUUGCAUCUGUUGCCGAACCAGCAGAGAAUGCGACAGCAUAAAAGGUCACGGAGCAGGUCACUUGGCAACCUGCGGUCACCGUGCACACCCAGGAAGUUAUUUAAGGGAAGUUGUGUGGACUCGCAGGUUAACACAAAAUCAUCUGUUUGAAGAACAGUUUAAAGAAAGGGUUGGCGUGGCUGCCAUCUUGCUGGCCAGUGCUUUUGUUCCAUAGGAUAUGCACGAAAGAGAUUCCCAUGGAACAAAAGAACUGCCCUGCAAGAUGGCUGCCAUGUAAAGCCGCUAUAGCAAUAAAAUUCAGUGACUAGCUUUCGGGGUCACUGAGUGAGAAGUUUAAAUUAACCAAAACUCUGGAAACAGGAUAAAAGUGGCUUAAUCCAGUACGUGAGGUUCGAAAAUCUUCAGUAACUAAUGGACUUCUAUGCAUGUAAUUAUUUCUGCUGAGCUAUGAAGCCAAAUGUAUUAUUGUAGUCAACAAAUGUUUUAAGAGAUAUGCUUGUUGUGCAUCUCAUAAAUGGCACACACAGCAGCUUAAAGUCUUUCCCCAUGUGCUUCCGUAAGUACCAGUAGUUCAUUAUGAUGUUGCCUCGUUCAGAUUUCAUUCUCGUCUGUGUAGAAUGACAAUUCUGCAACCUUCCAGUUUGCUAUUUUAGUCUCCGUCCUUGCUCCAGAACUCAAUAUUGAAUACAUGUAUUCCUCUUGCUUUCCGUGUGAAAACUUUGUUACCUCUAGCGUUUUCGCAGCAUCAGCAAAGGCGCACAGUCGAAGUAAAUCUUAAGCUUGUCUGUAAAUUUAUGAAGGUCUGUGUAAUAUUUGAACUUGCAAUUUUAAAUGUUCUCUCUGAGACAAUCAAAUAAUAAAUCAUUUUGGGCUAUUGCAUGAACGAAAUCUGAAAAUUGUCUUUUGUGAAAUCUUUCUAUCACCAUGUACAUGAUGCAGCAACAGUAUUUCUUGAUGUAAGUCAUUACGUGGCAGUUUCUGGGGGUCAAAAUUUAUUUUUUGGCUAUCAAUUUGCAAUGAAUUAGAUCGCAGUGAUUUGAGAGGCUUUAAGAUUUAACCGUGCAGAGUACCAUGACUACGGAUAUAUGUAUGACAAAUUCAUUUUCAAUGGUCAUCACAGUCAGUGGAUUUUGUAAUCAUUAUUUUUAGGGUCAUUAUGUUUGUGUCCUUAAGCAAGAUAAUUUACAGCAGUUGCUUUUGUCCAUCAGUUAAUAAAUGCAUUUAAAAUCCGACCUGAAACAAGCUGGACGAUUGCUCUGUUCGUCACAGUUCUGGGGCAGCUUUCAAACGUUGGGGAAAAUCAUUCUGUAUAUGUAAUAUCGGCAUCUGCAGCCAGUGUAGAGACUUGCACGAGCAAAAUGAAGCUAUUUCAUCCUCAAAAAUAUCAGUAUUACCAUUGUAUCAUUAUUACUCAUUACUCGAGUUCUGGUCACUACACCAAGGAUUCCUCAACUGAGUGCCCUAGGCACUGUAGAUCCCAAACCUUGAGAAAACCUGUAGCCAUAAGACGGUGAGAUGCAGUUACAACUCUGGAGGUGGGAGAAAAACCCCUGAGAGAAAUUUUCUGGGAAAAACUUGAGGAAACAGGUAGGGACUGAGAACCUAAUCCACAUGUAGACUGGGCCGGGAAUCAAACCAGGGACCACAGAGGUGGAAGGCGAGGGAAGAACCAUUAUGCCAACCUGACUCACUCCUAGUCAGCAGUUCUACAGUGCUGACAGUAUAUAAACGAUCUACAUUUGAAAUGCUUUUUUUUUACCAUUACAAAUCUUGCUCGGUAAUGACUCCUGCAGACAUAAGUACGGAAGUAAUUACAUGUAUUUGAAACUAUGCAAAUUCAUAAAAAGAAACGAGUUAUUUCCAGUAGUGCCCUCUCAGAAUGCAACCAUUGAUUGAAUAGGUAUAUUUAUAUAUACUAGAGAAAUUACUAUUUAUAAUUUAUAAAUAUUUGUAUAAUUUUGAUGAUUGAGACUUUAUUUGGUCAUAGACGUAUGUACAUGUAUCUGUCAGCCACUUGCACUACGUGUAUAGAUGCUUUGCAUGCAGCAGCCAUCUUGAGGGCCUUUGCCUUAAUUCAGGAAUAAUGAAUAUGCAAACCUACCUAUAUGUAUUUAUCAUUUAACAAUGAUUGCCUGUGUUGUAGGGGUCCAUGUUGUUUGUAUACCAGAGGGAGCAAAUGGCACUCGAGGAAGCUGAGGGUGCCAUUUACCCCCUCAGGUGUACAAAACCCAUGGAGCCUGUCACAGCAGGCAACAACUGUUAUGUUAUACCAGGAUUAUACACUGUAGAUUACAUUGCAACAAUCUUAUGUGUCAUAUACAUGUAUAUGCAUAUUUUAUUGCAAGAUAAAAUUAAAACACUUUGACAAAUUGAAACACUUGGAACAUCAAAUUAGAUAAUAAAUUACAAGGAAAAUGAUUAA